CGAAAUGACAGCUGAUUGUGCAUUAUAGUUCAUGAUCGCUAUAUUGUCAACAUGUGGAUUGUUGAAUGAAGAUUAUCUGAAUCGCUGUCGUGUAAUUUACUUCUCUGUUGGAUUUUUAAAUUUAAAUUUUGAUAGAUGACAUGGAAAAAGAAUACAGGUAGGAAUCAGUUUCCAAACGCAGCAAUGCCAGGUGUGAGACCAAACAGCCUACUGAACAAAAUACCAAUAUUCAGUUCGGAGUCUGGCUUCCAAGAUAAAAAUAACAAUACAGAUGGAAUGAAAACCGAAGUGAGACCGGAAAACGAAGUGAAAUUACGGAAUGGCCACGCCCGUGCUUCAGACGGGGUGCCGAGACGGUGUGAGUCGGAGCCUGCAAUGAACUGGGGGGACUAUGAGAAAAAAUACAAUAAGAUAGGGAAAAAUGGAUAUAGCAGGAAAGAACUGGCACAGCAAUUACGAUAUAUGUCUGUUAAUGAAUCUAACUCACAAAAUACAGAAACAGUAAGCAAUGGACAGUGUGAGGCUAGUGUAGUGAGAACUGAUACAUAUGCUGGCAGGAGGGACGUUUCAGACCCCAGUUCUGUGCAGGAAAAACAAAUUGUCAGCUCCCGGGGGACAGUCCGGGGGUUCAAAAACCGAGUCCGAGCCGGAAUUGCCACGUUUUUACAGCAACAAACAGGGGAGACCUUGAGAAACUACAAACAUCUUGAAAAAGGCAAGAUCGUCGUUUUCACUACAAGUAUGAACAUUGUUAGAUCUACACAUGAACGGUGCAAAAAGGUUAAGAAAAUGCUACAGACACACAUGGUCCGAUACGAAGAAAAAGAUUUGUUCAUGAGCAAAGAAAAUCAAAAGGAGUUGAUGGAGAGACUCAACACAAAUCAAAUAGUCCUACCGCAAGUAUUCGCCGAUGGAGCCUCUUUAGGGACACUUGAAAACUUGGAAAAACUGAACGAGAGUGGAGAAUUACGUCAUAUUCUUGCCAGCUUCACGAAAAUUGAUGUUAAAUCUUCGUGUGAAAAAUGUGGUGGUUAUCGAUAUAUUCCAUGUAACUUUUGCCAUGGGAGCAAAAAGUCGCUCCGCCGGAAUCAUUUCACGGACGAAUUCUGCUCACUUCGGUGCAUGCAGUGUGACGAAAACGGACUCCUCCGGUGUGACCUUUGCCUGGAACAACAAGAAUGACAUCACAUCCGGUCUAGAACCCACCGGUCUUCAUUGAGCUCUUUUAAUUCACACCUUAUACGUCAUCACUGGACUUCAAAGAAGAAAACAUGUCAUAAUUUUUUUUGUUUUGUCAGAGUAUUCAUGCUUUUUCAUUAACUAUAUAUAGAUUUUAUGAAAGUGCUUUAUUCAAAACAAAGAAUACAUUACAUACGUUUUGUGUAAUCCACUUGGCAUGCAUUUAGAUGUUCAGGUAGUCACGCACGAGAUCAGGCCAAAAGAAUGUCAUUGUCUUUUUAUGCCCACAUUUUACAUAUGGGGAGCUUUCUGAAUCUAGACUUUGAAACACAAUAAAUAUGUAUAUAAGAGUAUAACGUGUGCUUCAAAUUGCAGAAAGUGAUUGCGUCAUUGUCGAUCGAUGAUUAAGUUUUUAGUUUUGUAAUCUUUACUCAAAACUGAUAUUUAGUAAUAUUUGUUAAAUCUUAAGUAUUCUGCAUUAUCAGUUGUUUUUUUCAUUUUCAUUUUUCUUCCUUGCUACAGGGAGGUUGUCGUAAUUUUGACCUGACGCAAAUCAGACUUCAACGUUACCUUUCCCUGUAAACAAAAUAUACUUCUUGUGAAAAAAAAACUUAUUUAAUGUUUGUUAUGCUAAAAGUAAUGAAAAUAAAAUAUACCGGUAUUGAAAUCUUUAACGAAAAACAAACAAAUAAAAAAAAAAAACUGUGCAUCUAAAUUUUGUGAGAGAUUACCGUAGAUAUUUCGAUAUGAGGUGAUGUAUGGGAAUGCUUUAGCUAUGAGCGGAUUACCUGAAGGUCUAUAGCUAACUGAACUAAGAAAAAAAAUGGGAUGGAUGACCAAAAAUGUUGAUUUUGUUUCUCGGUACAAUGAGCCGCGUCACAUCUGCAUUGAAACUGUAUAAAUGAGAGUUGAGUUUUUAUUAUUUAUAUGCUAAGGGAAUAUAUUUUUGUUAUUUUAUAAUUGUCUGAAAUCGCAAACAAAGUAAAUUGUAAAAAUAACACAUUCAUUUGUAAAUCACGUGUUAAUGAAUAUGAAAAUUCAGCACUUAUUCAUUCUUGGAUUUUCUUAAACAUUUUUUAAUCUACAAACUACUUAAUAAUUCUCUGUUUGUGUGUUAAUUAUUUGUAAACUUAACUUUACAAAUUCCCAAUGUUUGAUUGUUCUAGUCUCAAAUCUGUGCAAUGAAUGAUUAUGUUUUGAACUGAAAUAAAUUGGUGAAAUGUUCUAGGAAUUUUAAA